GCAACGUCACUCCCCUUGGCAUAUCAACUACUGUCCGCUGUAUGCGCCCAACACAUCACCACAGAGGACGUCAGGAUCGCAUCCAUCCUCAUCGCGAAAUGCUUUGCGAUCUGAAUCUAACUCAAGCAAUCCUCACCGAUUCCGUGCGUUUCGGCGAGGAGGCAUUUACAUGCUCAGGCAUACAAGCGGGCUAAAGAACUCCUCGGCGAAGUAAGAAGGUCAUUUAAAGUGGAAAGAGUGCUCGCGUCGAGUAUGGUCUGUGGUAAAGGGAGCAUCACAAAGAGCCAACAUCUUUAACUUCGGGAUUUACUUGUAAAGGCGCUUUUACUGGAGAUCGUGGGAUAUUCUUUCUGUAAACAUGCCUGUAAGAAGAGGUCACGUUGCGCCGCAAAACACAUUCCUUGGAAUAAUAAUUCGGAAAUUCGAGGGUCAGAACCGGAAAUUUGUGAUAGCCAAUGCCAGGGUGGAGAACUGUGCAAUCAUAUACUGCAACGAUGGCUUCUGUGAGAUGACAGGCUUCUCCAGACCAGACAUCAUGCAGAAGCCGUGCACCUGUGACUUCCUCCACGGCGACCUAACCGACAAAGAGGCCAUCAACCAGGUGUCCCAGGCUGUGCUUGGGUCUGAGGAGCGCAAGGUGGAGAUCACCUACUACCGUAAGGAUGGAACUGACUUUCAAUGUAACACUCAUAUAAUCCCGGUGAAGAAUGAGGAGGGCGUGGUGAUGUUGUUUAUCUUAAAUUUUGAGUAUGUUCUGGAUGAGGGAAGUGACAGCUCCACGGAGAAGAUAAGCCCCACAUCACCCACAAAGUCAGAUCAAAGGAGGAGUAGAUUCUUCCGCUUCCGCCAGGCCGCUUUGAGCCUAAUGAAUACCAACAAGCAAUCACUUCCGCAAGAGGACCCAGAUGCUGUGAUGGUGGACUCACCCAAAGAGAAUGAGGACUCAGUGGCUUUACAGAGUUUCCCCUCACCCACCAAGAGCAUUUGCAGUCCCAUUGAGGCAAAUGACACGCAUGCCCUGAUAGGCUCAAGCCACCAUUCUUCCCAGGCUAGCAUCAGUCCCGAACCACUUGACCAUUCAUCCCCUAAAUUCCCCUGGGAGAAGCUGUACCAGACAGAGCCGCACCAAUCCUCUACCUCCCUGUCAAAUACCUUCCCCAGAGGCAGCAUCAACAGUAUGAGGCGUGCAUCGUCCGUCCAUGAAAUUGAGACCUAUAGCUCCAAUUCCAAAAACGUAUUCAGGGAUCGACAGACAAGUGAAGGCCCUUUUAAUCACGUGAAGUCCAGCCUGCUUGGCUCUACCUCUGAUUCUAACAUCAACAAGUAUAGCACCAUCAACAAGAUCCCUCUGAUUGCACUCAACUUCACCGAGGGGACUGAUAAAAAGACUCACUCUCCACCAACAUCUGAGAAAACCAUCAUAGCACCAAAGGUCAAAGACAGAACUCACAAUGUCACAGAAAAAGUCACACAGGUCCUGUCACUCGGAGCUGACGUGCUGCCAGAGUACAAACUCCAGACAGCCCGCAUUGACAAGUUCACUAUCCUCCACUACAGUCCAUUCAAAGCAGUGUGGGACUGGCUGAUCCUGCUGCUGGUCAUAUACACAGCAAUCCUCACUCCCUACUCUGCUGCUUUUCUUCUCAAUGACCAAGAGGAGCAGAAGAGGCGCGAAUGUGGAUACUCCUGCAGUCCUCUUAAUGUGGUGGAUUUAAUUGUGGACAUUAUGUUCAUCAUUGACAUCCUCAUAAACUUCAGGACCACUUACGUAAACCUGAACGAGGAGGUGGUCAGCCAUCCAGCUAAGAUAGCAAUUCAUUAUUUUAAAGGCUGGUUCCUUAUAGACAUGGUGGCAGCAAUCCCCUUUGACCUUCUUAUCUUUGGCUCAGGAUCAGAUGAGACUACCACUCUGAUUGGCCUGUUGAAGACAGCUAGGCUCUUACGACUGGUGCGUGUAGCCAGGAAGCUGGAUCGCUACUCUGAGUACGGAGCUGCAGUCCUCAUGUUGCUCAUGUGCAUCUUCGCCCUCAUUGCCCACUGGCUAGCUUGUAUAUGGUACGCCAUUGGCAAUGUGGAGAAGCCCUACUUAGAGCACAAGAUUGGCUGGCUAGACAAUCUGGGCGUGUCCAUAGGAAAGAGAUACAACUACAGUGAUCCCAGCUCCGGUCCCUCUAUCAAGGACAAGUAUGUCACAGCACUUUACUUCACCUUCAGCAGUCUGACCAGUGUGGGCUUUGGAAAUGUCUCCCCAAACACCAACUCAGAGAAGAUUUUUUCCAUUUGUGUCAUGUUGAUUGGCUCCCUAAUGUAUGCCAGUAUUUUUGGAAACGUCUCAGCCAUCAUCCAGAGGUUGUACUCAGGUACAGCUCGUUAUCAUGCUCAAAUGUUGCGGGUUAAGGAGUUCAUCCGCUUUCACCAGAUUCCCAACCCACUGAGGCAAAGGCUGGAGGAGUACUUCCAACACUCAUGGACCUACACUAAUGGCAUCGAUAUGAACACGGAGGUGUUAAAAGGUUUUCCUGAGUGCCUGCAGGCAGAUAUCUGCCUUCACCUCAACAGGAAUCUUCUUCACAACUGCAAAGCAUUCCAGGGAGCCACCAAAGGCUGCUUGAGGGCCUUGGCCAUGCGCUUCAAAACCACUCAUGCCCCACCUGGAGACACUCUGGUCCACAGUGGUGAUGUGCUCACUGCUCUCUAUUUUCUGUCCCGUGGCUCUAUUGAGAUCCUGAAAGAUGACAUUGUCGUAGCAAUACUUGGAAAAAACGACAUCUUUGGAGAGAUGAUCCAUCUGUUUACUAAGCCUGGAAAAUCCAACGCCGAUGUGCGAGCUCUGAGUUACUGUGACCUGUGCACCAUUCAGAGGGAGGAUCUGCUGGAUGUGUUAGACAUGUACCCAGAGUUUGCUGACUAUUUCUUCAACAACCUGGAGCUCACCUUCAACCUCAGAGAUGAGUCUCCCAAGCCUUCCGGUUCCCAAGACUGUGAUUCAGAUGGUGAGGGCAAGAAGAACAUUAAAAGAAGAAUCUCCUUCACACCAGAUGUAUCCAAAGGGGAAAACAAGGAAGUGGUUAGAGACCAGGGGCGGGAGAGGGAAUCUAACUCGUGCCUAAAGAGAUGUUCAGGAGUUCUGGGUCCCUCUUCACCCAAUCCCCCAGCCCUGGACUCAGACCUUAUUGUCAGAGACAACUUGGAGAGAAAUCCAUCUUUUGAAGAUCUGUGCUGUGAUAAAUGGGCCUGUAAGAAGCCUACAGACUACCUGGAUGAGUCAGCACAGUUCCAGGACCUGAGAGAGGACGAUAAUUCUGCCAGUGAAAUCACAUAUGGGGAGGUGGAACAGCGCCUAGGUCAGCUUCAAGAGCACUUAAACAGGCUGGAGUCUCAGCUGAUGUCAGAUAUUCAGACCAUCCUGCAGCUGUUACAGAGACAGCCAACUCUGGGACCUCCAGCCUACAGCACUGUGACUGCCAGUCCAGACUAUCACAGACCUGCUGUGAAGGUUCAGCCAGUUGCUCUGACUGCAAGCCAUUUUUUCAGCCAUAAAGGAACUCAAGGCCCCAACCACAAACUGGAGAGCGCCAUUCAGGAAUCCAAAGACUCACUGUCGAGCUUGGCCAACGUGAAUGCACCCAUUGAGGACAGCCUUACAGCACUGCUUGGACAAAGACAUACAGAGCCACAACAACAGCAACAACAGCAGCAACAACAGACCACUGGGCAUCAACAGUCUGCACUGAUCCUUCUUCCAGCUGAAACCUCCUCCACCUCCUCCUCUUCCUCCCCAUCCCCCUCUAACCCCAAGCUCGACACCACUGGACUCCAUAGACCUGUUUCAGACCCAGAGUUUCCAGGGCCAUAAACCUUUCAGUGGCACAGCGUUCUAAUAUCUGGGUUGUAAUGCUGUAAUUACUAAGUAGCAUUUUUUUUUUAUCAGCAUGCUGGCACAGACAUCUGUAUUGUUAAUUUGCAAUGCCUUGGUAAUAGAAAUAAGAUGUUUUUUCUUUCAUUAUGCAUAUGAAUAAAACACUGUUUUCUGCAGUUAACAGUGUAAUAACAAAGUGUUUUCUGCAGUUAUCAGUGUAAUAACAAUAGUUACAUAUUGUAACAGUAGUUCUAUCUACACAGGAGCCCUCUGAUUGAAUCUAUAAGAGUCAUCACUCCCUCACUUUACUCACUGAAAAUGCAGAUGCCCAACCAAUCAGGAUGAAGCUAUUCAACCCCAUGGAGACUCCCCCUAUAAGAGGAUAGCAAUUCCUCAAUCACUAAGUUUACAGCUUCUUAACUAAAUUCUACUCAGUCAGCAGGGGUGCUGGUUAAAGGGCACCACCUGGUUGUGAUAGAACUAGCACUACAACACCUAACUAACUUAAAAAAACCAACUAACCAGGCUUUAUGCCCUAAUGGGCUUUGAUGGGUUCUGUACCUCUUCCUGUAACUUUGCUACAACGUUUUAUGUCCCAGCACACAAGUGGUCACACUAGUGUGGGCCACCAGGGUGACCAUCACAUGACCCACUGUAAUGAAAUCUGGUCAAACACAUGCACCAGUGUGCACAAGUCUAUCAAUGUUCAUAACUUUAUUUAUGGAUCCAGGAAAAGGGUCUGAAGUCCUUGACCAUCACAGAGAUGUUUCCUUCCUUCAGUCAUUACUUGCGAAGUAAAAAGAGCUGACUGACCUACCUCACACUAGGCUGGUCCUACUGUCUAGCACAUGCCAGGAUACAGGCAUUAGUCCAUGAUCACUUGAGUUUCCUCUUGGUGUCAGCUGCAAAGCCAGAGAAUGUAACUGUGGGUGCUGAGCAUGAUUGGCAAGGAUCCAGGAAGAGAUCAAAAACAGGGACUUUUUGUUCAAGCAGAAGGUGAGAGUGACAGCAGAACCACACAGAAGUCUCAUGACCUCUUCUUAGCACCAAGCACAAGUAAGUCAUCUGACAGACAGGGAUACAAUUGGAAGCCAAGAAUCCUCCAACGAAGCAAGGAAGAGGGGCAGGAAAAGACCAUUCAAAUAAGUCAUCCCACUGUACAUAACAGAAUGAUCAUUUCUUUGGACAGGAAUUUGCCAACAAACAUGUCAACCCUUUUUUUUUUUUUAACCUUUUCAUGCCUGUAGUCAGAUGAGGGAACAGUUAUCUCUCCAGAAGCUGAGUGUCAACAAGGAGCAGCUACUGUACCACUCACUGCCAAAGUGGCCCUAGAGACAGGGCAAUGCUGACCAUUCAGCUUCCUACACUCCAGUCAGUGCAACAGGCGAGCAGAGCUGGGGAGGCCACAACUGAAGGUUGUAAAUGCUGAUUGGAGGCUGUCACCAAGGCAGUCUGGCAGCUGGUGGACAAAGACUUGGUAUUCAAGCAGUUUGUGUGCGCAACCUGAAACUUGGAAGCAAGAAUGUGAGCCAAAGCUAGGGUGUUGCACUGCUUUGUGUCCUCAUUGCCGUUGCACAGGUGGGAGUACUUGAAGUAUGAGGAGGGGAAGAGAUAAGACAGCCCCAGCCAUUCAUCUUCUGAAAGUAAUGCACAGACAAGGCCACAAGUGGAAACACGACAUGGAUAGCCUCAACUGACACUGAUUAACCUGGUCGUCGCUGUUAAAACCUAUUAGAGUCUAAAGCCUGUUUGUGAUACAUAUACAGACCCUACCUCUUAGGGGGCCUGAGCCUGCAUGUGAACAUUCACAUUUUCUGCAACUAUUAGUGUAAUACAGCAUUAUUACGAAGGUGUGAGAACAGUAUUCUUUUCCCUAGCUGUAUGCCUGUCUUCUCUGAAGUGUGACUCAGGGGUUAUGGACAAUUGCACUGCAAUAUACAGUACAGUAUCAAGGGUACUGUAGUUUUCUUUUUUAAACAAUGUGCAUUAUUUCUGCGGUCACUGAUCUGCACCUACACCUACAUUAAGCCAACAGAACACACCAUACAUGCUUGUCCAGGCAGAUACCAUGGCAUGCAGAAUGAAGAGUAUUCUGCUGUUAUCCCAGAGCUAGGCCUCUGACAAACAAGUAUGAUGUAGGCAUUUCUACAUGGCAGUGCAUGUGUUUUAUAUCUAUAUAUUUACUGUUUUGCACUGCUUAUGAGCCCAGAGUAGCACAUUACAACAUAAAAUGAUGUCAGCAUACUUGUCUCUUUUAGGAUGCACUUCGGGGGUGUGUUGGGAGGAGAGGGUGGGGGUGGGGUUUGGGAAAUUUUGAACACAUGGAAAGUUAGUACUUGCGCAUAAACAGGCCCCAGAGAGGGUCUUGUGCCUAUACAAUCAAUCCAAAUGCUAAGUCAACAUCUACAUGUAUAACUAACCAUACAACAACAAACCAUAUUAUUUUCCUGCACUGUUUUUGUUGGCAAUGUACAUUAAAGAUAAUAUGUUGCUAAACAAUUGUUAGAAAAUAAAUACAUCCUAUUGCCAGAUGUGAAAAAAAAUGUAUUUUUUUUAACUGAGUAAAUUAUAUGAGAAACUCUUUAGCAAAACAGUAGUAAAUAUGUUUGUUUUGAAGCUGUGGGAGCAAUAAAUUAAAAUACACUUACAGUUGU